GAGGGGGAGGGGUUUGGGUUUGCGGGGUAUGAGAACACGCGGCUGCGGUGCUCGCGCGCUACACGUACACGCGCCUUGCUGCAGUUGGGGACCCAGAGCGGGUACAAUCAACCGAUAGAUCGACGCUCGGAACGGCAGGUACUACACGCACAUCAUCGCACGGAAAGAAAGAAAAGAAACACCGGGAUCAGCUGAAGACAUGCUCUCUAAAGUGAGCCACACGCUGGGCCGUGCGGCGCCUUCCCUGGCCCGCAGGACCCGCUUGGCGGUCCGCUCAGCCUCGACCGCCGCCUCCGCCCACAAGCGUGCUGAGCGGCCCCUGUCCUCCAGCGAGGUGUACGCCCGCGAGGAGAAGUACGGAGCACACAACUAUCACCCGCUGCCCGUUGCCCUGGAGAGGGGGGAAGGAACUCACGUGUGGGACGUUGAGGGCCGCAGGUACUUUGACUUCCUUAGCGCCUACAGCGCGGUCAACCAGGGUCACUGCCACCCCAAGAUCAUUGCGGCUCUCAAAGACCAGGCUUCCCGGUUGACCUUGACCUCCCGAGCCUUUUACAACAACGUCCUAGGGGAAUAUGAGGAAUUCAUCACCUCCAUUUUUGGCUACCAGAAAGUGCUUCCCAUGAACACCGGUGUCGAGGCCGGCGAGACCGCGUGCAAACUGGCUCGGAAAUGGGCAUACAAAGUCAAAGGGGUCCCCAAGUACAAAGCCAAGAUUAUUUUUGCACACGGGAAUUUCUGGGGACGCACGAUGGCGGCCGUUUCCAGCUCCACGGACCCCAGCAGCUACGACGGAUUCGGACCGUUCAUGCCUGGCUUUGAGCUCAUUCCGUACAACGACAUCCCCGCGCUGGAGCGUGCCUUUCAGGACCAGAAUGUGGCUGCCUUCAUGGUAGAGCCCAUCCAGGGUGAGGCGGGAGUGUUGGUGCCAGACGCAGGGUACCUGACCAGAGUGAGAGAACUGUGUACGCAGCACAAUGUGUUGUUCAUCGCAGACGAGGUGCAGACAGGGCUGGCGCGGACGGGCCGGAGGCUGGCCGUGGACCACGAGUCCGUGCAUCCGGACUUGGUGAUGCUGGGCAAGGCGCUAUCAGGAGGAGUUUACCCGGUGUCGGCAGUGCUGUGCGACGACGAGGUGAUGCUGACCAUCGGGCCCGGCGAACACGGCUCCACCUUCGGCGGGAACCCGCUGGCCUGCCGUGUGGCCAUCGCUGCCCUGGAGGUCCUGGAGGAGGAGCAGCUGGCGGAGAAUGCGGAGAAGAUGGGCCAGCUGCUGCGUGCCGAGCUCAUGAAGUUACCGAGUGACAUCGUCACCACCGUCAGGGGGAAGGGUCUUCUCAACGCCAUCGUCAUCAAGGAGACCAAAGAUUAUGAUGCUUGGAAGGUUUGUCUGCGUUUGAGGGACAACGGGCUGCUGGCCAAGCCCACUCACGGUGACAUCAUCAGACUAGCCCCGCCCCUCAUCAUCAAGGAGGACGAGGUCAGAGAAUGUGUGGACAUCAUCCAGAAGACCAUCCUGUCCUUCUGAACAUCUCACCCAAUGACCCACGCUUCCAUCACUUAAGAGUCGGCCUUAGAACCGCUUCCGUAUUCUACUUCCAUUGUUUGUUUUUUAAAAAUUUUAUUAUUAUUAUUUUUAAAUCCAGGUAGUAAUAUCAUUCGGAAGGAUUCUGUAAAGUAUCUUGCGAUGUAUUCAUUACUGCACCCUGUUAAUGUUUUAGAAUUCUUUACCCUUUAAAAGUGUACUUUAAUAUAGUGCAUUUUUAUUCCCAGAAUUAAUGGAAUGUUUUUCUUUUUUAGUCCUGCUGCAGGUGAAAGUUUUUACUCUUGUUACUGCAAAACAGUUUUUUUCCGUGUCUCAAUGUGGAAACGAAUGUCCGAAAAACCGAGGAGCGCUGGCAGAUGAAAGUUUCUAGUUUUUUUUUUUUUUUCUGGCAAAUCGGUUGAGAAAAACUCCGUCUUUGAUGUGAGUUUCGUUUUGUUGAGGUCUUUUUCACCGGAGACUUCCCUACGGGGGGGGGUAGCAGUAAGUGGAGCGAUUAGGAGUUCAGUGACACGUAAAGCUGUGAUUUAGGGCAACAGGGAUGCUGCGUUUUUAAAACUGCUCCGAGUGGCAUAGAGAAAGCGAACCUCGAUUCAUAGUAACGGGUUAUUUAUUCCCUCUGAUGGGGACUUGCUGUAUACUUGAGUUCCUCAAUGAACUACUGACCGGACGGUCUGCUGCACUGAAGGUUUGAGAACGCAGGGAGCCGAUCCGAUUGGUCAGUAGCUGGUCCUGCUCUCCACAGUAGAGACCGCAGAGUCCCAGGGGCAAAGUCUAGCCGAUGUACUUUUCUACCGCGGUUUCUCGAAUGUCCUCUCCUCUGGCCUCGCAAGCCCAGAGGAAUGAGCGUCUUUCCCGACAAACUGUUGUUUCGUAGAUGUUGACUCUCUUGUUUAUUUCUGCAAUGUAUUAAUGGUCCUCGACUGCCCUUUCACUCAAAAUCUGUUCUGUUGCUUGUCCUUGCUGCUUUGAACUAUAAUAUCUAUAGGAAAUAUAAUAAAUGGUUGGACAUUC